AUGUCCGGUUACGAUCAAGGCGACAUGAAGAUGCUUGGUGUGACGCCGCCGAUCUCGACGGACCCGCCCAAGGACACCGACAUCAAGUCGAGCGAUGCUCUCAUGGAGGACCUCGUCGCGCUCAGGCAGUUUGAGUCUGACCAGGAACGUAAAGUUCGUGAGAAGCUGCUGUCCAGCAUCGCCGCGCUCGUGACCAAGUUUGUCCACGACGUGUCGAUCAAGAACGGCCUCUCUGAAAAGGUCGCCACCGAGGCGGGUGGACGCAUCUACACCUCGGGCUCGUACCGACUUGGUGUCCACGGCCCCGGCUCUGAUAUCGAUACCAUCUGCGUCUGUCCUCGACACAUUUACCGCGAGGACUUCUUUGGGACGUUCCAGCAGAUGCUCCGUGACUGGCCGGCCGUCACCCAGAUCUCGGCUGUCGAGAGCGCGUUCGUGCCCGUCAUCAAGACCGUCAUCUCUGGCGUGGAGGUCGAUCUGCUGUUCGCCCGCGUCAACCACCCCGAGGCUGGCGACAAGCUCGACAUUGAAAAGGACGACAUUCUCCGCGGCGUCGACGAUGCCUCGCAGAGGAGUCUGAACGGUCCUCGUGUCACAGACAUGAUCCUUAACCUCGUCCCCGACGUGCACACCUUCCGCACAGCACUCCGCGCCAUUAGGUUGUGGGCCAAAAAGCGAGGAAUCUACUCCAACGUUCUCGGUUACCCUGGUGGCGUUGCCUGGGGUCUCCUCACGGCGCGUAUCUGCCAACUGUACCCGAACGCGGCGCCCUCCGUCAUCGUGUCAAAGUUCUUCCCCAUCUAUUACCAAUGGGGCUGGCCCCAGCCGGUUCUGCUCAAGCGCAUUGACGCCGGUCCCCCCAACAUGACCCACCACGUCUGGAACCCCAAGACCGACCGCCGAGACAUGGCCCACCGCAUGCCUGUCAUCACCCCGGCGUACCCGUCAAUGUGCUCGACCCACAACAUCACCGCGUCGACCAUGACCAUUGUCAAGAACGAAAUGCUGAGGGCGAUGCAGAUCACCGAUAAGAUUGUCAACAACCCGGGCUCGUCGUGGAAGGAGCUCUUCGAGCCCGUCGACUUCUUCAGCAUGUACCGAACAUAUGUCCAGGUCGUCGCUGCGGCCGGGACCUCGGAGGGCAUCAAGGACUGGAGCGGCAUGGUCGAGUCGCGUAUCAGGACACUGGUCCAGGACCUGGAGAUGACCGACAACGUCCUCCUUGCCCACCCUCAGGCGCACAGCAUCUCCAACGAGUUUAUCUGUCUGACCGACGAGGAGCAGGCGGCAGCGUCGCAGGGCGAGCUCAGCGUGGAGGCUAUGCAGCGCAAGGAAGAGGACUUUGCGGGUCAGGACUACAAGAAGGUGUACACCAAGAACUUCUUUAUCGGUCUCGACAUUGAGAGGAAGCCCAAGGACAGCCAGGGUGGCCGCGUGCUCAACCUCUUCUACCCAAACGGCCAGCCCAAGCCCAAGAAGAAAGGGAAACGGGCACAGGAAAAGGUAAGCUUGUCACUCCUGGACUCAGCUGACCCACAGCCAACCGAGUCCGCCGGCGAGACGUCUGACAGCCACGGCCCCAGCAAGCGCUCCAAGUCGGACGUGGGAGGACCCGAGGACGGCGUACAGUCACCAGCAGCCAACGGUACCCCCGCCGACCAGCACGCACCUCUACCUGGACUCAACGGCGCACCGGUCGAGCAACAGGCGGUCCUCUCGGGCGCCAACUGA